AUGUGGGAUCCAGAACAGCCUGACCCGACCUCACUAGGCAAAUCCACAGUGGAAGGGGCAGAGGGCCGCCGCACUCGAACAGAGAUAUUUGAUGCCCAUUCAAGGUCUCAGUUCUCUGACGACCUGGUCCGGCAUCUUUCAUCUACACAAAAACCACAGCACCUCGACCAGGUUCUCGAACAGCUUGAUGAGCAGGUAAAAGAGUCUGAGAGUUCUCGUGGCGAAAAAAGCUGGGAGAUAUCCCAAGGCCCCUUUUCAGUCUUGCACUUCGUACCCGACCUUGAAAAUGUCAACGCGCCAAACGGCAGGCAAAUGACGAUGCGGCAUCCUCUGCCUGCAAGUUCACUUAAUGGUGAACGCGAAUCUACGGCAUGCCUAGAGGGCAUUGACUGGUCGUUGUCGAUGCCGGACAGCAACAUAGGGCCUUCGACAUUAUUCGCCGAAGUCUCUCCUGGAGAAGGCUGCAAUUACCCUUUUAUAAACACCGGAUAUGGUUCGCUAUUUGAAGGCACUAACCUACCGAACUUCCCCUCUUCCGUCCCAGAUGACAUUCACCUUACUCGACCGGGAUUUACAAGAUUCGCUACCUACGGAUACCCUUUAGUAUCCUCCCUGUCCAAUGGAUCACCAUAUGUACCUUCAAACGUCCGAUUUCUAUUGUCUCACUAUAUGAACCAUGUGAUUGCCUCCCUUUCUGGGUUGCCUCACACGGAAGCUCCCUGGAAGAAUAUUCAUGUGCCGUAUGCUAUGACUGCGUACGGAGAGCUGGAUAUUAUGGGCCAGUCAAGCUUCGCCAGAGUUUCGCUCCUGUACAGCCUUCUUUCCUUGACGUGCUAUCAUCUUGGUACUCUCUAUAGGCCUGUUCCUACCGAAAUUAGACCUAAUGCCGAGGUCCUGCUGAACGACGACCAGGCAUCGAAGUUGCAGUAUUGGAACUCUCAAGGUCUCAAAUUCAGAGAGAUAGCGCGAACAGCGUUUCGAAAAUGCAUGCAUGCAAUGUCGACGGAGCAAAUAGAACCGGUGAAAUACAAGGAGAUGUUUGUGAGCGCAAUGAAUCUUAUCUGUACCGGGAUCGUGAGCGGGGAUCCAUGGGAUUCACGACUAUUCAUCCUCCAAUGUGAAGAGAUUGUCAACAAUAUUGGUAGGAAGAAGGGGUCGUUCUCUGCCAAAGCACUGCAACUGCACAGAAUAUUUGCUUACAUCAGGGUUAUUGAAAAAACGACCUUCGUCCAGACGAGGGAUCAGUAUCUCGUAACCCUAGGCAAAAAACCCAUGCUUGCCAACGAAAUAGAACUUGUGAAGAAGAUUCCGGAGGGCAGCUUUCCCCAUUCAGCAAUUCUCGCGUCGGACUAUGAGACCUGGUCCGAUCUUGGGUUGAGUGGGCCUGAGGAAGAAACCUUCAACGACUUCUAUGGUAUGCCUGCAUCCACCUUAAAGCUGAUCGCUAGAACGAACAAUAUGGUUACCCAGAUCGACUCGCCGCAACACCAUGGGACCGCUCAGCCUUAUAUUCCCGCAAAUUUAAUCGAGGACGCCGCAGCCUUGGAAAGGGACAUUUGUCACUGGGAGACACCGCAAAGGCAAGCCGAAAGUAACGGCGACACUUACAUUUUGUUGAGCUGCCGCUCUACCGACAGCAUUCCGGAUCCUGCCCAAACUAUGAAGUCAAAUAUCGCCACGGCAAUGCACCACGCAUUGAUGGUCUACUUCUUCCGGUUUGUGCGAGGCACCAAUCCUAUAAUACUACAGCACUAUGUCGAAAGCAUCCUCAGGAACCUCGAAAUGCAUCAUGAAAGCAAACAGUGCUUCUUUCCUGGAGUGCGGUUGGGUGUCACUGUGUGGCCCAGCUUUAUCGCUGCCUGCGAAGCGCUGGGAGACGGCUUGCGCCGUCGCGCCAUCCUCUGCAUGAGACACGCUGCUUGGGCGGGCUUCCAGAAUGCGGAAGCGGCAGAAAUGGUUGCAAAAGAAGUAUGGCGACGACGAGAUGCAGGAGAGUUGCACAUAUCCUGGAGCACCGUCCUACGGGAAUCUCAGACCAUUCUGCUAUUGACCUAA